GGGAUAAAACGGAAAAAAACUCACGAUCCGUUCCUCAAGGCCAGCAUGCCUGCUCUUCGUAUUGCAGUUGCUGUAGUACCCUCGCUGCAGACUGUACUGCGUUUGAAGUUUGAAUUUAUCUCUUUCAGAUUGGAACUCCGUGAUGAAGAAGAAGCCUAACCUUAUCCUCAAAACCCACCAAUAAUCUGGGUUCAGUCGCAGUCAUCAGUCGUUGGUAGCUGCAACGCUUCGAUUUUUCCUUCCAAAUCAUCCCGAAUGAAAUGUAGCAAUGGAUUGAUUCCCUCAGCUAUCAGCACAUCCUGGCGUUUCGCAACCAAGCGAUCCAGCGCGAGGCCAUUGAUACCCAGGAGUAAUUGGGCCUCGCUCUCGUCGAGUCCAAGUUCAUGGGUCAGCGACAAGAAUGUUCCUGAGAGAAACAUAACAGAGAUUGUUGGUAUAAGGACGCACGCAAUGUGUUUGAGAAUUGGACUGAGAGAAACACUCACCCUUUUCGAAGACGGAGACGAGAUUUGAAACACUACAAAUGUUGGUCCUGCGAGAUUCGGUUAGUCUUAAAAUGGAAAUGGUUUUUGUUCAAGUAUUAUUUAAUAUUUUAUUAAAUAAUAAAAUUAAAAUUAAAAAAAUUCAUAUAUUCACUAAUAAUUUUUAUGUACUUAACUUCUUCUAUAAUUGUUCACCAUGAUCCUAUUACCAAAUGAAUAAUUAAAAUAAAUUAUAAUCUUUUAUUAAAAAAUUAUUUUAUGUCAAUUUUACAUUUUUAGCUAUAAUAUUUUUAUAAAAUAAAAUAAAAUCACCCACUAAAAAUGUGGAGAGGGUGCACAAUAAUAAUAACAAAAGAUUAAUAAUAAUAAUGCAACUUAGUGUAUAUCCAAAUCUAAAAUUCUGAUAAUUUGACCUUUUGUCAUGGGUGUGAUUGUUUUAAUUUGUCUUUUAAUCAAUAGAAAAAAAUAAAAUAAAAUAAAAAACAUUUUCAAGCAAGUGCCGCAAGUUGGUAUUCUACGGUCUCAUAGAAAGUAUAGUUAUCGAAAAGAAAUAUAGAAUUUGGCCCAUGCAGGUCUCGAACCUGCGACCUUCGCGUUAUUAGCACGACGCUCUAACCAGCUGAGCUAAUAGGCCUUCAAAUCUAAGGCUCUAUAACCUUUUUUUUGGCUACGAAACGAGUUCAGCACCGUCCGCUGGCGAUCUGAUCUGCAAGGACUGUUAAAUGCGAGCAAUAAUUCUCAACAUCCCUGAAGAUUUUGAGCUUCAGCCAUGAAAGAAGAUUAUGAGACUGAUGAGAAAAAGCAAGCUGCUGCUGAUGUUUUGUUUCAGUAUUCAAAAUUUGUGAUGGCAUGUAUUGGAAAUCAAGUUCGGCCUUGCGACUUGAGGUUGCACUUGAUGAAGGAGGUUUCGGGUUUGCCAACUUCUCUGAAACGGCACUCAUCCCAAAUGGGUAUUUCCACUGAUGCAAUGGGUGAGUCAUCAAGCUCAGGCACUGCUAGACUUGAGAAAGCAGACAGCUUCCGAGCACUAUAAUGGAAAGCAGAGUAGCUGUAAAUUUAGCCUGAGGCGCUAGCUUGGUGUAUGGUCAUUGCUAUGCCAAUCUUGUUCCUUUUUGGAGGUGUGCUUUUAUUGUUAUGGUACCAGAUUGAUGACUGUGUUCUUUAUUCUUCCCAUUUCUUUACCGUUUUAAUUGGAUGUUGAGAAUGAGUUUUUACUUAAAUUUAUACUGUAAUAUGUAAUUUUCACAUCAAAGUCUAAGCAUUUGUUGUUGUAUGGGAAAGGAGUAUCCAUUUAUUUGA